UAUUCCAAGAGAUCAUUAAAAUUACAAGAAGAUAUACCCAUCAGAGAAUCAUCAAAUACUAGAUAUCCAGACUGUAAAUGGCAAAUCAAGUUUGAAAAUGCUACAAAAUUACUAAUGGAAGUCAAAAUUGACCAAAUGCCUUUUGGUAAUAUCAUUGAAUACGUUGGUUUUCAAGGCCAAAAACAUAUGGUUAAGUAUGAUAUGCUUACAAUAGUAGAAGGGGAUUGUAACCAUGGGAACGCUACAAUAUCUUUUUCGGAAACGGUUCAAACUACAACCAGAUCAAUAAACUCUGGUGCCAUAUGCUUCCAGUAUAAAUCUGGAAGUGAUAGUUAUACGGACAACAGGCUUCAAUUCCGUGUUCGGCUCACUGUUAAGGAACUGAAAUGCAGGAAAGAUCAACUUCAUGUAAACUCUAACAUGCGGUGUAGAACAGUUUGUUUUCCUGAUAAUAGAACAAGAGAGGACUGCCAAAUGCCCACAACAACUUUCAACACACAUCAAUUGUCUACAACAACGAAACGUCAACAAACGGGAAAGAUGUACUAUUUCAAUUCAACAUAUCGACCUGCAACUACAUCCAGAACAAGUACAAAGAUGACCAAAUCAACAGAGACAUUGACCCAACAGCCAAUGACAACCAAUGUAAACAACUUCUCACAGAAACAUACUACUAAUGUUAUCUUAACGACGUCUUACAGAAACAAGGUUCAGUCGUCAUCUAGGGCACCAAUAGGGUCAACCACUCAUACAAAUAUUAUUGUAUCUGAUGGAAGAACCAGUAGCAUGAUGCCAUCUCUACCUCCUGAUUUAUCAAAGAAUCGUUCAUGUACAAACCUCUAUACAUCGUCUAUGACAAGGAAAGGCAAGAUUUCUUAUUGUAUACAUCAAUGUCGUACCAUGGAUUUGGAAAUUUUAGUGUUUUUAAAACCGGCAAAAUUGUUUUUUCAUACUUUUUUUACAGAAAAUAAGUAA